AUGGAUAGUUUAAAAAAUGAAGAUAGUUCCAUUAGAGUAGAAAAUUUAACUAGAGGUUAUGGUGACUUUAAAGUAUUGGAUAAUAUAAAUUUUAGUAUAGAAGAGGGAAGUGUUUGUGCACUAAUAGGUGCAUCAGGAUCAGGUAAAACUACAAUUAUUAAAACACUAUUGGGAAGAUUGUACCCUGAUGGAGGUAGAGUAUUAAUUUUUGGAAAAGAACCGUAUAGCUCUCCAGACUUUGACUACCCAGGUUCUUUAGUUGGGUAUGCUCCUCAAGAGUGUGCACUUUAUUUAGAGCUUACCAUAGGAGAAACAUUGGAUUUUUUUGGAAAUAUUCAUUGUAUGGAUAAAGAGUUGUAUAAAAAAAAAAGAGAUUCAAUUAUUACAUUACUAGGGUUACCAGAUAAAAAUCGAAUUGUAAACACUUUAAGUGGUGGCCAAAAAAGAAGGGUUUCAUUAGCAGUUGCUUUUUUACAUGACCCCAAAAUCUUAUAUUUAGAUGAACCAACAGUUGGUAUUGAUCCUUUAAUUUCAAAGAGGAUUUGGGAGCAUUUAAACCAUUUAUCUAAAAAUCAAAAUGUAACAAUAUUAAUAACCACACAUUAUAUUGAGGAAGCAAGACAGGCAGAUAGUAUUUUAUUGUUAAGGGAUGGCGCCAUUAUUGAGAAGGGUAGCCCAGGUGAAUUACUUACAAAAUAUAAGUGUACAUUUUUAGAGGAGGUUUACUUUAAAGUAUGUGGAGCAAUUUCACCAAUAGAUCAAAUAGAGGUUCAAACUUUAGAUGGAGGUGUUAUUGAAAAAAAUAAGGUCGUAGUUGGAGACAACAACAAUUCAUUAUUGAUGAAUAGUGGCCUACAAGAAAUUACAAUGAGCAGGAAUAAUAAUACAGCAACCGAAUCAAAAAACCAGAAAAAAGUUACGAGGUUAGAUAUAAUUAAAAAGAAAUUUUCUCAUUCAUAUGCUGUUUUUAAAAGAGCUUUACUAUCUGUUCGUAGGGUAAAGUUAUUGUUGGUACUUUUAAUAGUUUCACCCACUCUUCUAUGUAUUUUAUUUUUUAUCACAAUAGGAAGUGUACCUCAUAGUGUACCCUUUGGUUUUAUUAAUCACGAUAGUGGGACCUUUGGCAAGAUGCUCAUCGAAGAGCUUAGUAGGGGACCAACAUUUAAUAUGCACAAUUUGACACAGAUAGAUACUGCUAUUGGGGAUAUAAGAAAUAGUAAAUUAUGUGGUUUUAUCGAGAUUCCAAAAAACUUUUCAGAUGGUGUUAUCAAUAGAUACUUCAAUCCAUCGGAUGUAUCUUUACCUAAUUCAGAAGUUAUUCCUUAUUUAGAUGAAUCAAAUCAACAGAUCACAGUUUUAAUUAUGCAAUCUCUGCAAAAUGCUUUUAUAAAAUUAUCAAAUGAUUCCGGUGUUAAAAUAUAUCCAAUUACAGAAACAGUACAAGUUUUCGAUGGAAAUUCUGAUUUUACAUGGUUUUUAGGUCCUGCAAUAAUACCAGCAAUUAUAUUUGUUCAUGCAAUGGUAUAUAUGGAAAUUCAAUUAAUUAAAGAAAGAAAUAAUGGGUGUAUGGACAGAUUAUUCAGCUAUGGAGUAUCAGCAGGUUCAAAUAUUGUUGGAUAUAUUAUGUGUAAUUGUGUAAUAUUAUUUAUUCAAAACUCAGUCAUUUUGUUGUUAGGUCACUUUGCUUUCAAUGUACCUGUUAGAGGUAAUAUUGUAUUGGUAUAUUUAAUACUCUAUAUGAUAGAAACUAUUGGUGUGGAGUAUGGUAUAUUAUUUAGUAUAUUUUGUGAAGAAGAGGUGGAUGGAGUUCAAAUUUCAUUAGGGGUGUUUUUUACAUUGUUUUUUGUAUCUGGUACUAUUUGGCCUUUGGAGGCAAUACCCUCAUGGUUUACAUGGGCAACAUAUAUAAUGCCCACGACCUGGGCUUGGAAAGCAUUAAGAGCUGUAAUGAUCAAAGAUUUACCUUUCUCUCAUAUAGAUAUUUGGAGACCAUUUGUAAUUAUAUUUGCCGCCCUUAUUCUCUGGUUUUUUGUAAUUAUUCAUUUGGUUAAAUUAAGACAAAAAAAUAGUCGUUUUAAAUUCAAUAUUAAAAAUCUAAUGAAUAAAAUAAAAAAAUAGUUUAUAUAAUGUAUAUUUUAUUU